CAAAAUCCAAGAAAAACACGAAAAAUUAUUCCAACAAAUUGCAACCGUGGAUAGUCCAAAUUUGACAAACCUCCAAGGCACAAUUACCUACAACACUGCUCAGCACUUCCGACAUCACUUCGUACACGAAAAAUUAUCAGAAAAAUCCCCAAUUUUUCAACGAGCAUUAGAGCAUUUUCCCUGUAAAGCCUGUUUCCGGUGUCACCCGAUAACGCAAACGCUCAGUCCGGAAUUUCAACAAUUUCUAAGUACCGUCGAACCAUUAGAUCCAGUUUACUCUCAGCAAACAGUAGACGCGUUCGAAGAAUUUUUGCAACACAGAGAAAGUAAAGUCGCAGUUGUUAACUUUCUCCGAAGCAUAGUUUUCCAAGCAACACCAAAACGAGUAGGCCGCAUAGCAACAAUUCUAAGUUCAACGCUUAUUUUUGAUAUUCCCUAUAACGAA